AGAUGGGGUCGGGCGCGGGCUCGCCCUCGGGGACCCUCCGCUUCCAGUGGGUGCUACUGUUCGGCCUGGUGGGCCCAGCCCUCGGUGGGGCGCGACCAGGUUUUCAGCAAACCUCACAUCUCUCUUCCUAUGAAAUUAUAACUCCGUGGAGAUUAACUAGAGAACGAAGAGAAGCCCCUCGGCCCCAUGCAGAACAGGUAUCUUAUGUCAUUCAAGCCGAAGGGAAGGAGCACAUUAUCCACCUGGAGAGGAACAGAGACCUGUUGCCUGAAGACUUUGUGGUUUAUACCUACAACGAGGAGGGGGCCCUGAUCGCUGACCAUCCUAAUGUACAGAAUCAUUGUCAUUAUCGGGGCUAUGUGGAAGGAGUUUAUAAUUCAUCCGUCGCCCUUAGCAACUGUAUGGGACUCAGGGGGUUGCUGCAUUUAGAGACUGUGAGUUAUGGGAUUGAACCCCUGCAAAACAGCUCGAGUUUUGAGCACAUCCUUUACCGAAUGGAUGAUGUCCUCAAAGAACCCCUCCAGUGUGGGGUUUCCAAUAAGGAUGUGGAGAAAGAGACCACAAAGUUGGAAGAGGAGGAGCCUCCCAGCAUGACUCAACUACUUCGAAGAAGAAGAGCCAUCCUGCCCCAGACCCGCUACGUGGAGCUGUACAUUGUCGUAGAUAAGGAAAGGUACGACGUGAUGGGGAGCAAUCAGACUGCCGUGAGAGAGGAGAUGAUCCGCCUAGCAAGCUACCUGGACAGCAUGUAUAUUAUGUUAAAUAUUCGAAUUGUCCUAGUUGGACUAGAGAUUUGGACAAGUGGAAAUCCAAUCAGCAUCAGCGGAGGUGCUGGUGACGUGUUGGGGAACUUUGUACAGUGGCGGGAAAAGUCCCUGACUACACGUCGGAGACACGACAGUGCACAGCUCGUUCUAAAGAAAGGUUUCGGAGGGACUGCAGGAAUGGCCUUUGUGGGCACGGUGUGUUCGAGGAGCCACGCAGGCGGGAUUAAUGUGUUUGGGCAAAUCACUGUGGAGACAUUUGCUUCCAUUGUGGCCCAUGAGCUGGGUCAUAAUCUUGGGAUGAAUCAUGACGACGGGAGAGAUUGUUUCUGUGGAGCAAAGAGCUGCAUCAUGAACUCAGGAGCGUCAGGUUCCAGAAACUUUAGCAGUUGCAGUGCAGAGGACUUUGAGAAGUUAACUUUAAAUAAAGGAGGAAACUGCCUUCUUAAUAUUCCAAAGCCUGAUGAAGCCUAUAGUGCUCCCUUCUGUGGUAAUAAGUUGGUGGACCCUGGGGAAGAGUGUGACUGUGGUACUCCAAAGGAAUGCGAAUCAGACCCUUGCUGUGAAGGGAGCACCUGUAAGCUUAAGGCAUCGGCCGAAUGUGCCUACGGGGACUGCUGUAAGGACUGCUGGUUCCUUCCGGGAGGUACUGUCUGCCGAGGAAAAACCAAUGAAUGUGAUCUUCCGGAGUACUGCAACGGCUCUUCUCAGUUCUGUCAGCCAGAUGUUUUCAUUCAGAAUGGAUAUCCUUGCCAGAAUAGCAAAGCCUACUGCUACAAUGGCAUGUGCCAGUAUUACGACGCUCAGUGUCAAGUCAUCUUUGGCUCAAAAGCCAAGGCUGCCCCCAAAGAUUGUUUCAUUGAAGUGAACUCUAAAGGGGACAGGUUCGGCAACUGCGGCUUCUCCGGCAACGAGUACAAGAAGUGCGCCACGGGGAACGCCCUGUGUGGGAAGCUUCAGUGUGAGAAUGUGCAGGAGAUGCCGGUGUUCGGGAUUGUGCCUGCGAUUAUUCAGACGCCCAGUCGCGGCACCAAGUGCUGGGGUGUGGAUUUCCAGCUAGGAUCCGAUGUCCCAGACCCUGGGAUGGUGAACGAAGGCACGAAAUGUGAUGCGGGCAAGAUCUGUAGAAACUUCCAGUGCGUAAAUGCUUCUGUGCUGAAUUACGAUUGUGAUAUUCAGAAUAAGUGUCAUGGACAUGGGGUAUGUAAUAGCAAUAAGAAUUGUCACUGUGAAAAUGGCUGGGCUCCUCCAAACUGUGAGACUAAAGGCCACGGAGGAAGCGUGGACAGUGGACCUACAUACAAUGAAAAGAACACUGCCUUGAGGGACGGGCUGCUGGUGUUCUUCUUCGUCGUCGUCCCCCUUAUUUUAUUUGCCGUUUUCAUCUUCGUCGAGAGAGAGCACCUUCGGAGGCGCUGUUUCAGGAGGAAGAGAUCACAGACAUACGAAUCAGAUGGCAAAAAUCAAGCCAAUGUUUCUAGACAGCCAGUGAGUGCUCCUCGGCAUGUCCCUCCAGUGAGUCCGCCUAGAGAAGUUCCUGUCUAUGCAAACAGAUUUCCGGUACCAGCUCAUGCAUCCCGGCAGCCUCCGCAGUUCCCAUCCAGGCCACCUCCACCACAGCCGAAAAUAUCAUCUCAGGGAAAUUUAAUUCCUGCUCGCCCUGCCCCAGCACCGCCUUUAUAUAGCUCCCUCACUUGAUUUUUUUAUCUUCCUUUUUGCAAAUGUCUUCAGGGAACUGAGAAUACAUUUUUUUUUCCUGAUAUUUUCUUGAAAAGCCUUUCUUCCGGUCAGAACUCUGAAUGAAAACAAAGUACAAGACAAACUUUACUAACACAGAAAAGCAAAAACCGAGUGUGUGGGUUGAGAAAUACAAGGAGAUGAAGUAAAUCCAGGGAAUUUGGGGUAACAUUUCCGUUUCCGUCUUUGACUGUCUUACUCGGCCCUCUGUGAGGGUGAUGCCCUCGACGUGGCCUGUCUUAUGUUGACCGUGUUACUGCAGCGAUGAACUGUAUGGAUGUCCGCCUGUCAUCAUGCACUUAACUGUGAAUUUCCCACUUUAGUUAUCGUUAACGUAGUUUCUGGUUGAACAUGUGACAACCUAAUACCUAUGAAAGUCGAUUAGCUGCCAAUAAUAUCUUAACAUUUUUUCGUGUUGCACGGAUUAAUCAUCACCAUAUACUAGAGUCUCGUCUCAUUCACUACGUGAACUAUCCCGUCUUCAGAAGAGUGCACAAAAAUCACGAUUAAGAUGUAAUAUUAUUUUGAAAGUACAAAAUACUCUAAAAGAGUGUGUGUGUGUUCACACACAGUUAUCAGUUUCCAUUUUUAUGAUCUUUCAACUAUAGAUAAUUACUAUUAGAAGAAUUAAUUUAAUAGAAUUUCUAUUAUGAAAUCUCUUGUUAAAGCAUGGCAUCCUUUUUGCAGUAGCAUUAUUUUAAAUUAUUGUAUGCUUUCAGGUACGAGGUAUUUAAUAGCUCUAAUCAAAUAUGUUGAUUCAUGGCUAUAGUAAAGCACUGAGCAUCUAUUGUUAAUCAACUGAGCUGUUGUAAAACCACUUGAGAAUUUCAUGAGCACUUUAAGUUUGAAGUCUGAUUUUUCAAAGCUUGCUAUAAAUCAUUUAGAAUGUUUACAUUCACUAAAGUGUGCUGGAUCAUGUCUCUGUUGACACUAAUAUUUUCAUAGAAAUUAGGGUGAAGAAAAGAAGAAAGAAAAGGUUUUCUUAGAUAAAUACAAAAAGUGUCCUGUCUGAGUUAUCUCAGCUGUGUUAAAAAAUGAAUUUUUACUUUGGGAGAAAUGGUAUGGACAAUAUAAUUUUAAGCACUUAAAAAUUUUUCAUAACCUUUCAUAAUAAAGUUUAAUAAUAGGUUUAUUAACUGAAUUUCAUUAGUUUCUAAAAUUUUUUUGUUUGUGUAUAUAUACAUAUACAAAUAUAACAUUUACAAUAAAUACUUGAAAACGUC